CACACACUCUCUCUCUCUCUCUCUCUCUCUUUCACACACACACACUUGAGACUUACAGACAACAAAAUGAACCAGCUACCUCCACUUUACACACACCUUUCAGGCGUGUAUAAACACAUUGAAAAUAUUCGUUGUCCUCAGGUGAACAUGGAGAAUGUCAGCUGGAUAUACAGAACCCGAGGAAAGAGGCGAGCUCUGGAGACCAUCUCUCUGCUCAUUGUGAACUCUUUGUGUUUGCUUGUGAUCCUCAAAGUCAUUUCAUCAGAAAACUGCGACAAAAUCACAUCACCGAAGAUGGUCCGUGAGGCCCAGCCGGAAGAGAAUCCUAUUUGCGAACAAAACCUGGGUGUUGAAAAGAUAGAGGGAUUUUGGGAUUUGCCUGCUUUCAUCCAAGAGUUCCUUUAUUACAGGCACUGCCGCUAUUUCCCAAAGUUGCUCACUGUUCCUGGCAAGUGUGACAUUCCAAAGGUAUCAGGAGAACCUUUUUUUCUGCUGGCCAUCAAAAGUUCUCCGAAGAACUACGAACGACGGGCAGUCCUGCGCAAAACAUGGGCAGCGGAGAGACUGCAGAAUGGGGUGUGGAUCCGCACGGUGUUCCUGUCUGGCACUACCGGAACAGGCUUUGAGAAGCGGAGGAUGAACAAACUCUUGGAACUGGAGAACAAGCGGUACAACGACAUCCUGCAGUGGGACUUCAACGAUUCCUUCUACAACCUCACGCUUAAGCAGGUCCUGUUCCUGGACUGGAUGCAGAACUGGUGUCCCACUGCGGAUUUCAUCUUAAACGGAGAUGAUGACGUUUUUGCCAACACGGACAACAUGGUGGAUUUCCUUAAGGGACAGCGCGAUAAGGAUGGAAGCAAACACCUGUUCAUCGGCCAGCUGCUGCUGGACAGCACACCUAUCCGGGACAACACCAGUAAAUAUUUCAUCCCAGAGCAGAUCGAGAAAGGUGACCUGUACGCUCCGUACUGUAGCGGAGGCGGCUACCUGUACUCUCGUUUCACUGCCAGGACCAUCCUCCAAAUGUCCCAGUCCAUCACCCUGAUGCCCAUUGAUGAUGUUUACAUGGGCAUGUGUCUUCAACGAGCUGGACUCCAACCCACAGACCACCAGGGUGUCUGGGCUGACGGCCUCAUCAUUCCAUCUGACAAAAUGGACAUUUAUGAUCCCUGCCACUACCGCGAGAUCAUCCUCGGCCACAAGUUUCUCCCAGAUCAGAUUUACCUGCUAUGGAAUGAAAUACAUCGAAAAGAUUUGGACUGCGGAAAAAAAGAGGCUAAUCUUUAACGAAAAUCUGCACAAGACUGAUCUUUCAGCUUGUUUAUUUAUUACACAGACAUUUUGAGAGAGAUUUACACCUGAGCCAAGCUGGUUGGUCAGGUUCGUUCAUGAUACUGAAAUAAUAUGAAGAGCUGGAAUCUUUAAAAUAAUAAACAUGAAGAAUGUAACUCCUCCUGUUUAGCCUAGGUGUGCUCUCUGUAUGUUGUUGGGUAACCUCAUCCUCCAUGCACGAGUCAAUUUUGUAUUAUUAUGUUUUCUUAGCUAAAAAAUUAAAGGUUAUGUCUAAUAUUUAUGUUCCUGCAGCUGUGGGGAAAAGUUCUGUGAUGGACUGAUUUACCUUAUUAACCUAACCUGAUCUUUAUCUGUGUCCAUCUGUGUCAUGAUAAUAAAUAAAGACUUAUUUAUUUGACAGAAA